AAUCGUGAUUUCGAUAAUUACCUUGCGGCUUGCAUAAACGUAUUUUUUUUUUAAAAAUAAUUACUUAUAUUUUUUCUGAGUGAACUGUGAAGUAGGUAGUGUACUAAAUAAUAAAUAUAAAUUAUAAAUCGUAUUCUGUAUGGUUGUUUCGGACAUUAUAUCAAUUAUUUUAAGAAUAGAAAAAACAACAUAUUCAAGAUGAGUAUUUUUAAUCUUGAAAAAAUGGUGGGAACCAUUGAUAAACUUAGUACUUCUCUAGAUGUAAUGUUAUGUUGCAAAGAUAGUGAAGGUGGACAAGAAAUAUUAGAAACGUGUGAACAAUUGGAUAGUUUAAUUAUGUCAUUUGACGAUCAGAUUAGUAUUCUCAAAGAUGCUCUAAUCAAAGAGAAAAACGCCCGUCAAUCGUCAUUUCAAAGACAGUUGGAUGAAUUGAAAACAAUUGAGGAAAGAUGUAACCACAUGAUAGUUUAUAUCCAAUUAAAUACUGAACUUGAAACUCAGCAGUAUAAUCAAAAUCAUGAAAUAAAAGAAUUUAAAGGAAAUAAUUCAAAUAAUAUGGCUAAUAUUUCAAUGUCACCUGUUCCAAAGUGGAAAGAUGGUCAUUCUCUAUCUGAGAACACUAUACACCAUACUACUAUGUCAAAUGGUACAAUAAUGAGUAACAGUAUGCUGGGACAGUCUUUAAAAUCUCAGGCUGCUAAACAAGUUCUUGAUAUUCCACUUCUAAAAUCUGUUAACAACGAUGAAAUGGAUUCUGUUCCAAAGUACAUGAAAGGUCGUUUAACUUCAUUAAAUGUGAAUGUUGUGAUAGAUGGUAUUAAUAUUGCAUUAGAAAAUAAAUAUGAAAUUUUGCAAAAGCCAAGAAAUUUAUUAAAAAAAAAAGAUCAAGAUAUUUACAACACGUGGAAAAUUCAGCAAAACGAUGUUGGACAAGGUCAAUACUUUGUAACUGCUGAUGAUAUUUCUAGAUUUGGUGAGACAAAAGUGGAUAAAACUACAUUAAACAUAAUUCCCAUAUUAAGACAUUUAAAACGAUUAAAAGAAUCUCGUACAGGUGGCUUUGUUUAUUAUAUACCAUACUAGAACAUUUAUAUUAGAAAGAAAGAAAAACAAUUAGAUAUUGUAAAAUAUAAUUUAAUUAACAGUUUAAUGAAUUUGUUAAAUUUUUAGUAUCUAGCUAUUGAAGCAGACACUAAAUAAUAUAAUGUAUAUCAUAUUAUGUAUUAUAAUUUAAAGCUAUACUUAUUUUUAUACAUACAAAUUUCCAAUGAUAAUUUUUUAUACAUGAUGUAUUUUUUUUUUAUAAAAACUAUUAAAAUAGCAAAUACAGAAAACAGUAUAUUCUUCAUAUUUUAUAUUAAUAUAUUAUCAAUAUUCUUAA